GCAAAACCCAGGGGGAAUUGGAGCAGCAGUUGUUGCAAGCGAACCCGAUCCUCGAGGCUUUCGGCAAUGCCAAAACCGUCAAGAACGACAACUCUUCUCGUUUCGGCAAAUUUAUCCGGAUCAAUUUCGACGCCAGCGGGUACAUUGCCGGUGCGAACAUUGAAACGUAUUUGUUGGAGAAAAGCAGGGCCAUUCGUCAGGCGAAGGACGAGAGGACUUUCCACAUAUUCUACCAGCUGUUGCUCGGGGCCACUGCUGAUCAAAGGAAGGAAUAUUUGUUGGAGAGCGUGCCAAAUUAUGCAUUCAUCAGCCAGGGCCAAUUACCGGUGGCUGGGAUCGACGAGACGCAGGAGUUCCAAGCAACUGUCAAGUCCAUGACGAUCAUGGGCAUGUCGCCAGAAGACCUCAGCUCAAUUUUCAAGACGGUGUCAGCAGUGCUGCUGUUUGGCAACAUGCAGUUCAAACAGGAGCGCAACAGCGACCAGGCAACUUUGCCGGACAACACAGUGGCGCAGAAAGUGGCACACUUGCUGGGUGUGCCGGUGACAGAGAUGACCAAAGCCUUCCUCAAGCCCCGGAUCAAAGUCGGGCGCGAGCACGUCAGCAAAGCCCAAACUAAAGAACAGGUGGAGUUCGCAGUCGAAGCCCUUGCGAAAUCGCUCUACGAGAAGCUAUUCCGAUGGCUCGUCAUCCGCAUCAACAAGUCGCUGGACCGAACCAAGCGUCAAGGCGCCUCUUUCAUCGGAAUCCUCGACAUUGCGGGCUUUGAGAUUUUUGAGUUGAACUCCUUUGAGCAGUUGUGCAUCAACUAUACGAAUGAAAAGCUGCAACAGCUUUUCAAUCACACUAUGUUCAUCCUGGAACAGGAAGAAUAUCAGCGUGAAGGAAUCGAAUGGAAGUUUAUUGAUUUCGGACUCGACCUUCAGCCAACCAUCGACUUGAUUGAGAAA